CCACACAUUGUAUAUACACCAGUUAUUCAAAAGCAAAAUAGAAACCCGAAUAGUUUUUCGAGUCGCAACAAACGUGGCAAUAAUAACAAUUGUGUUACCUUGCAAAUUCAUAAGCAAAUCAACGGGUUCAUUCUGUAGCGCCUGUUGCUCUGUAGCUUUGAGUGCUCUAAAGAAAGGAAGUUCACUUCAAUAUAUCGGCGCCAAAGCGCUAAUAAGGCAUCAUGCCUUCUGAAGUAUGCUCUGCAUUACAAUGCAAUUUAAUUUUGAUUUUAAACUAAAAUGGUUUCCAAAGGUCAUCCCGACUUAGGUGUUUUCUUGUUACAGCUUUUUCUUUAUGUGAAUUUUGACAAGGAACGUGCAUAUCACAAAAGUUUUGUUAUGUUCUUCGGAUUACGAUUGUAAAUCUUAGCAUUUUCAUCAAAUUACUUACAAAUUCAUUCUUUCAUUGAAAUCCUCUGGCUGUCCAUAGUUAAUAAAAUGGCUUACAAUUUUUAUACCCGCCACACAGAUGGAUAGAUAGUGCUCUUUCUUCUAACACCUAGAAAUUUCUUAUUUACGAAAAACUAUAAUUUUACGUUUUUAAUGUGGUGAAUGCUAUACUAUUGAGUAAUAUGGUAUGCGGAUUUGUGUAAGAAAUACAUCCUGUAGAGUCCUGUAAAAGUAAAAAAUAACAUUUCGUGAACAUAGGAAAUUGCGUAAAGUUCGCCGUCAUUUCCUUCAUUUUCUUUUUGGGAGACGUUUUUGGCUUAAGCAUAGUUCCAAGAUGAAAUUAUGUGUUACAUACAAACGAAACCACUUCUAAAUAUAUGGUGCUGCUAGGAAAAAUUUGGCAAAAAGUUACCAGUGAUAAGAACACGGAUGAAAAUUGGGCAUUAAUUUUAGAAGUGUGCGAUAAAGUUUCAUUGAGUUCUCGAAAUGCCAAAGAGUGUCUGAAAGCUAUCAUGAAACGUAUGAAUCAUGCGGAUCCACAUGUCGUUAUGCACGCCAUAACUUUGCUAAACGCUUGCGUCAACAACUGUGGUAAACCGUUUCAUUUAGAAAUUGCCUCAAGAGAAUUUGAAAAUGAAUAUAAACGUUUGCUGGCUAAAGCAGAGCCUAAAGUAUCUUCGAAAAUGCGACAGGUUUUGAAAUCUUGGGCAGAGGGCGAUUUUAAAAGUGAUCCUGAAUUAAAUUUGAUACCAACAUUGUAUGGGAAAUUGCGCCAAGAGGGUUAUGAAUUUACCGACUUAAACGAUAAGUCCUCAAAACUGGAAACGGGAAUGUUGGGUGCAUUGGUUUCCAAAGAUACAAAAUUGGCUAGCAGUCAGCAGGAGGAAGAUGACUUAGCCAAAGCCAUAGAAUUGUCGUUAAAAGAGGUGAAAAAUAGUCCUAAAAAGCAGUCUGCAGACAGUACUAAUACACUCGCCAGCAGUGUUCCGGGGGCUUAUCCUUCCCUGUACCCGUUUGGUAACGCGGGCGGUUUGGCUUCUUCGACUGCUGCUGUUUCUACAGCUUGUCAACCUGAUCCGCGAAAGGUGAGCGCCUUAUACGAUUUCGAGGCAGCUGAAGAAAAUGAGCUAACGUUUUUUAAGGGAGAAAUUAUACACGUUACUGAUGAUUCCGAUCCGAAUUGGUGGAGAGGUUUUAAUCAAAGGGGGGAAGGGUUGUUUCCCGCCAAUUUCGUGACAUCUGAUCUCCCAGUUGGAAAGGAGCAUUCUGAUGCUAAAAUGAUAGGAAGUGAGCCCCAGCGCAAAGCUGAACCUGCCGUUUUCACCCGGCAGAUCGAAAUAGAUGAACAUAAAAUAGAUCGUUUGCUUCAUUUGUUGCAUGAAGCGAACCCAGAAGAUCCAUCGCAGGAUUCUGAAGAUAUGCACCGUUUCGAACAAGAGGUUCAUCAGAUGGGCCCUCUAAUCGAUGCAGAACUUGAACGUGUGGAUCGUAAACACGCUCAAUUGUCUCAGUUGUCAAGCGACUUGGUUGCUGCUAUUAAUAUGUAUCACUCGUUGAUGAGAGAUGAUCGUGCAACUGCCUUAAAUACUUCUUUUAUGGAGGCAGCAACACCUGGCUUACAUAAUUUAAACAACUAUCAACCCACCUCAGCAACAGUUCAAGGUCAAAUGCAUUCACAAGUUCACAUGGGUUUAUUUGGACCUUCUGCUAAUUUUCGCCCACACGGUUAUGGUGGCUUCAACACCAUCCCAUAUAAUAUUGCCAUGGCGACUUCAGUACCAAUUGCUGAUUACCGUACUCAAGCGAAUGCUAUGCCAGUGCAGUAUCAAAAUGGUCAUAUAAAUGCUCAUCAACAACGUCAGCACCAAACAUCACCAAUGACAAGCGUGCCUCCUCGGCAAGUGAUGCAACUAUCGGAGCAACAAACACCUUCAUCUAUGUACGCAGAUAAUAUCCAAUCUCCACCAGCGUCACAGAGUACACCACAUGUGCUUACAAAUUCAACUGCUAAUAGUGAUUUUAAUUCAAACCAACAAUCGCAACAAGGAACAUCUCAAUUCGUCAACUAUCGGACGAUCACAUCACAACAUCAACAGCAACAACAGCCGCAGCAGCCAUUUGUUACUCAACAACCUAUUGCAAGCAAUGGUUUAUCAACAGCAUUGAGCUCCCAAAUGCCAAUGAAUAGUAUAACGCAAAUAACUUCUCAACAACAGUGUUUGCCUCCACAACACCAUAACUCCUAUAUGACUACCAUUUCAUCUGUUAAUAAUGCCCAUAUGCAGUCGACCAACACCGCCCAAUCGCAGUUACCCUACAAUCCCGUAGCAACAAACAGCGAUCUUCAAUCCUAUGUUACACAAUUGCCGGCAACAAUGCCGAGCUCACUUGUUGUUCUUCCUUCAGAUCGAUUCGAUCAUCUACGUCAACCUCUAGCCAAUAUGUCGUUAGGCCCUGACCAGAAUCAAUCUUACACUCAAAAUCUUACACAAAACAUUCCUAUUUAUCAACAACAACGGUAAAAACAUAUAAAGUUUUUACGUCCAAAAAAAUUUGAAAUUAAACUUAUAAACACUGGCAAUGAAUUUAGUAGAAGUGUGUUUGAAUUUUGCUUAAAAGCUUGCGUCUUUUCAUAAGCUAAAAAUCAUUUAAAUUCAUUGUCGGUAGAUCUUAAAAAUUAUCAGUUUUGUCUUUUGGUGACGAAAUGUUUUUUUUCCUCUAAGCAGGUUAAAAAUACUGUAUUUACAUUAAAAGCUAGCAAAAACUCGUAUUAAAAAAUACAAAAGUCAAAAUAGACGCACUUACAUUAUAUUCACGUGGUAUAAAGUAAACACUUUAGGAACCAAUUAACAAUAAAUGUAAAAACUUUUAUUUGUGAAGAAAAAGCAAAACACAAAACAAUAUAGUGUC